UGCUUUGGCAUUUGCUUUAAUCAAACAUUUAACUCAUCCAACACCUACACACACAUCAAUCCUCACAGAAGCAUUAAUCGUCCAUUCCAUCUAGUUAAACAUGACAUGGGAACAGGAAUGUGCCCGGAGUGCUUUGUAUGCACGACAGCAAAGGGGCUGAGUUAAACUACCAGACUACCACAGGACACACCUACCGACAACAUAAUUUACAGCCCCGGCACACGGUUAAAUCCUAUAUUUACAACGAAAACAUCCAUCGUACCGAUAAAACUAUGCUGAGUGUUUGGACCCUCCUUGCAGCUGCUAUUUUUGCAGUGCCAGUCUCUGCAAUAUCUCGGAGGCAUAUAAUCCAUGGCCGUCAGUUGACUCUGGAUCUUCCCGAAAGGACAGAGAGGUUGGAUUUUGCUACUGCUGAUGAGACUGAUCGGUUUACUAUCUGGGAACAUAAAAAAAUCUCUCUCUGGCCCAGUAAAUCCAGUAAAGGUCAAGUGACCAGCGCUAAUAAUGGCUGGACUUUCAGAAUCACACAAGUUACAUUUGACGAUGAGGGAACCUACACCUUGGUUAAUCACUUUGGGGCAACCCUCUCCAGUUAUACAGUGAAGGUCGACAUCAGCAGAGAUAUCAUUGAGCGUAUUGCAGGUGAAAAACUGACCAUACCACUACUAGGACUCAAGCAAAGUGAUGCCACACUUCGCUUUUUUGGCAAUUAUUCAUCUGUCACCCUGGUGGAGAAUGGAAUUCCUGUGGGCAAGAAUUACCCAGACUACGUUAACCGGCUUAAAGUGACCAGCGACUCAAUCCAGAUUCUCAAUGUCAAUGUGUCAGAUUUGGGCAGAUACGAGCUCACUGAUUAUAAACGCAGACUUGUCGCGAACAAUACAAUGAUACUAGUGGAUCAACAUUCAUAUACCCCAAGUACAGGUCUUAUAGCUCUGCUGCUGCUUGGAAUUCCUGGUGGAAUCUGCUUCUGCUGCAGAAAGAGAAUCUGCAAAUGUUGCCGGACCAACAAAUCAAACACGCACACAGUGGAGUCCAACGCCCUUAAUUCUGUACCGGUGUCUAUACCUUGCAGCAACACAGUGAUUGGUCCUGGAGGUCCUAUAGGUCCUGGAGGCCCUGGCCAGGGCUACAUCGCUGGUUAUCCGCCUCAGCCAGAUCAAGGUCAGAUUCAUUAUCCUCCACCACCAGAGUGGAGCGGACAACCUGCUGUUUCUCCCAACCCUGGCUUUCAUCCUGCAUAUGUGCCUCAAAACCCUGUCUAUCCUCCUGAGUUUGGAUCUGGAGUUCCCCCCGCUCAGCCUCCACAGUACAACCCAUCUGCACCUGUGAGCUAUAUGCCAGUGAUGAACAGCGCUCCUCCUGGGCCUGAAGUCACAGGGAUGAAGAUGAAUGAACCAUCUCCACACGCACCACUGCUCACACCUCAGCCGGAGUUUCAACAGUCUGCUAUGGGCAGCCUUUCCAUGGAUAUGCUUAACUCCGGUGACUCUACUGUCCAGUUUGACAUUAACAAAGGAAAGUCUUCUGGCAACAACUUCCUGUAGUUACUCCAAAAUACUGAAUUAUACCUGUAAGGGAAAUAGAAACAAACACUUAGAUGUUAUAAUUUUAAUACCUUUAAAAUCACUGUUAACACUCUUCUCCUUUGAAAAACAUUACCUCUUAAUGUCAGUCUUUUGGUAGGGAAGAAGCUGUUGAAUGAUACCAAAGAUAUUUCACAGUUACAAAGCUACUACCAUAUUGUCAGCAAGAUGCAGCAAAUUUUUUUCGUAUUAUAUUCACACGCUACAUGGACAAAAGCAUGAGGAUUUACCUUUUGAAUGGGCUUCCAAUGACACCCAUUGCUGACAGAUGUGUGUAUUGAUGCAGCAAAGCAAUAUCCAUAGACAAACACUGGCAUGUUAUGGCCUGUUCUGAAGCUCACUUUCAAAGGGUUAGUUUACCCAAAAAACUGGGUAAAAAUUCUGUUAUUUACUCCUCCCUCAUUUCAUUCCAAAUCUGUAUGACUGAAAAAUAAAGAAGAUUUUUUUGGGAAGUGUUUUUUUGUCCAUACAAUGGAAGUCAGUGGGCAGUUAGUAACAUUCUUCAAACUAUCUUAAGGUUCCACAGAAGAAAGAAAUGCAUACAGAUUUGAAAUGACAUGAGAGCAAAUGAUGACAGAAUUUUUAUUUUUUAUUUAUUUUUUUUUUUUUGGGUAAACUAUCUCUUGAAGGUGAUACUGAGCUACUAUUUUCACUUUACCCAAAUUAUCCAACAGUCAGCCUUAAAAAGCCAUAUUCUACAUUUUUGUGUAUAACUACAUGGAAUACAUGUACACAUUACGAUUUAUGCAUGUAAAUGAAUUUAAAUGUUUUAAUGUACUGUUUUAGGGAUUUUUCUCAACUACCAUGAAUAGCCUGGCAGAAGCUACAUUUACUUAAGCAUUUUUCAUAGUGCUUUUAGCUGGAAUUAAACAACAAAAGCCUCAAACAACUAAACAUUUAUACUUGAAUCUUAGAUAUGUGUAAAAUCUUAGUGAGGUUUUAUAGUAGGUUUCACGUUGUACCUUAAAAGGACUUUAUAUCACAAUGGAUAUGGAAAUAUAAAAAGACCUACCAUUGUUCUGAAUUAAAAUACUGCUAUCAA